AUGCAAGACCUCAAGAUUGCUCGCAUUGAUGUAUACCAGGUCGACCUACCCUACUCCGGCGGCACUUAUCACCUCUCCGGUGGGCGCACCUAUACCAGCUUCGAUGCGACCCUGGUAUGUAUCACGACCGACACCGGCAUUGAAGGAUGGGGCGAGAGCACCCCAUUCGGCUCCAAUUUCAUUGCUGCACAUGCUCUCGGCGUCCGCGCCGGCAUAGCUGAGAUCGCCCCUCACCUCAUCGGCCUUGACCCCCGUCAUGUCGAUCGCAUCAACGACGCCAUGGACGCUGCCCUUACCGGCCACGAGCACGCCAAAACCGCACUCGAUGUCGCUUGCUGGGACAUCUUCGGCAAAUCCGUCAACAUGCCCGUCUGCGACCUUCUGGGAGGCCGCACCAGUGCUGCUUUACCUGUUAUCUCCUCUAUACACGCCGGCACUCCCUCCGACAUGUGUGCCCGUAUUGCCGACUACCGCAAGCGUGGCUACAAGAGAUAUGGCAUCAAACUUGCAGCCGACAGCCCCGCCGCGGACGCCGCUCGCAUCACCGCCUGCCUCGCAGAAGCUCAACCCGAGGAGUUCUUCCUCGUCGACGCCAACGGUGGCCUGACCGUCGAGUCCGCGCUACGAACUCUGCGUCUCCUUCCGCCAGGACUGGACUUCGUGCUCGAAGCCCCUUGCGCCAGCUACCGCGAAUGCCUCUCACUCCGUCGCCGUACCGAUGUGCCCAUACACUUAGACGAGCUAGCUACCACGGACGUGUCGCUGGCGCAGAUGAUCGCCGACGAUGCCGUGGAUGGGAUCGGAUUUAAGAUUGCGAAAAGUGGUGGGCUUACAAAGUCCCGGAGGCAGAGGGAUAUCUGCGUGGCGGCCGGAUAUACUUUUUGUGUGCAGGAGACGGCGGGCUCAGAUGUCGCGUUUGCGGCGAUUGUCCACUUCGCGCAAACGGUGCCGGAGCGAUUAUUGAGGUGCGUGCUUGAAAGUAGGGAAAUGGUGACGGUGAAGACGGCGGAUGGGGAUUUUGCGGUCACUGAUGGGUACGUGACGGCGCCGAGGGAGCCGGGUUUGGGCAUCACCGUGAGGCGGGAGGUGUUGGGGGAGGCUGUUGCUACUUACUUGUGA